GCGGAGGCUCUGGAAAGAGGGCUGCGAGCGCGAUGCUUGGUGAGAAGACGAGUCCGACGGCUGCCGGGCGCUGAUCCCGGCGGGGCGGGGCGGUCCGGCCCCGGGCAUGGGACGCCGGGGUGCCGGGCUUCGGGACGAUUGGGGCGCGCCUCGUCUGAGCUCGCGGCGCGCCUGAAGUUGCGGCCGGCAAGCAGCCAACAGAGAGCGGACGGCCGAAGGGGACCCAGGAGCGGCCAGCGCGCCGUGGAUGAGCCUUCGCACCGGCGGCGAGACGCGGCGGUGGUCAGUACUCGAGCAGGCGGCCUUCCGGGGCCCAUCCAGCGGAGAGCAGAGCCCAAGGCGCGGCGCCGCUCCGCACAUGCACACGGAGCCAUGAGGUGCCACGCAGCCUCCAACUGCCUCGUGGUCUGGCUUUCUGUGCUGAUCUCUGGAUGCUGGGGCCAGGUGAACCGACUGCCCUUCUUCACCAACCACUUCUUUGACACAUACCUGCUGAUCAGUGAGGAUACGCCUGUGGGUUCCUCUGUGACCCAGUUGCUGGCCCGAGACAUGGACAAUGACCCCCUGGUGUUUGGCGUGUCUGGUGAAGAGGCCUCCCGCUUCUUUGCUGUGGAGCCUGACACAGGCGUGGUGUGGCUCCGGCAGCCGCUGGACAGAGAGACCAAGUCAGAGUUCACAGUGGAGUUCUCUGUCAGCGACCACCAGGGGGUGAUUACAAGGAAGGUGAACAUCCAGGUCGGGGACGUGAAUGACAACGCACCCACAUUUCAUAAUCAGCCCUACAGUGUCCGCAUCCCUGAGAACACACCGGUGGGGACGCCCAUUUUCAUUGUGAACGCCACGGACCCUGACCUGGGUGCAGGCGGCAGCGUCCUCUACUCCUUCCAGCCCCCCUCCCAGUUCUUCACCAUCGACAGCGCACGCGGCAUCGUCACAGUGAUCCGGGAGCUGGACUACGAGACCACGCAGGCCUACCAGCUCACCGUCAAUGCCACGGAUCAAGAUAAGACCAGGCCUCUGUCUACCCUGGCCAACUUGGCUAUCAUCAUCACAGACGUCCAGGACAUGGACCCCAUCUUCAUCAACCUGCCUUACAGUACCAAUAUCUACGAGCAUUCUCCUCCGGGCACGACAGUGCGAAUUAUCACUGCCAUUGACCAGGAUAAAGGACGUCCCCGGGGAAUUGGCUACACUAUCGUCUCAG